GUUAGAGCCUGAGACUUAAGGCUUCUUUGAAUUUCUUUGGUAACAACAGAAGUUUUUUUGAGACUGGAAACAAUGCUCCGGGUGAUUGUAGAAUCUGCCAGCAAUAUCCCUAAAACCAAGUUUGGGAAACCAGAUCCUAUUGUUUCUGUUAUUUUUAAAGAUGAAAAAAAGAAAACAAAGAAAAUUGACAGUGAACUCCAUCCUGUUUGGAAUGAGAUUCUUGAAUUUGACUUGAAAGGAAUUGCUCUGGAUAAUUCGUCUUCCCUGGCAAUAAUUGUGAAGGAUUUUGAAACAAUUGGACAAAACAAAUUAAUUGGCAGUGCAUCCAUAGCACUUAAGGACCUUGUAGGGAACCAGAGCAGAUCUCUUCCUUUCAAACUCGUACCUCUGCUAAAUGAAAGGGGACAAGAAACUGGAGCAACAAUUGAUUUGGUAAUAGGAUAUGAACCACCAACUGGACCUGCAAGUCCAAAUGAUCCAGGAGGGAGCAGUACACAAGAAGCAGAUGGAGAAGAGGAUGGAGGUUAUGAGGAUGAUGCAGAUGGUCCAGUUGGUGCACCAGUGGUUCCAAGUGGCACAAAGGAGGCCCAGCUUGCGAGGCGUAUCACCAAAGGGAAGAAAACACGAAGAAUCCUUUCCAAUAAACCACAAGAUUUUCAGAUUCGUGUUAGGGUCAUUGAAGGCCGACAAUUACCUGGAAAUAACAUAAAACCAGUAGUGAAAGUUCAUAUUUGUGGUCAGACACACAGAACAAGAAUUAAAAGGGGGAACAACCCAUAUUUUGAUGAAAUAUUUUUCUACAAUGUCCACAUGACUCCUUUAGAGUUGUUUGAUGAAACAGUUAGCAUUCGGGUGUAUGACUCUUAUUCUCUACGAGCAGACUGUCUAAUGGGAGAAUUUAAGAUUGACAUUGGCUACAUUUAUGACGAGCCUGGCCAUGCAGUCAUGAGAAAAUGGCUUCUGCUGAGUGAUCCUGAAGAUACAAAUUCAGGAUCGAAAGGCUAUAUGAAAGUCAGCAUGUUUGUUCUGGGAACUGGAGAUGAACCACCAGUUGAAAAAAGAGAAAGAGAUAACGAAAGUGAUGAUGUGGAAAGCAAUCUGUUACUGCCAGCUGGAAUUACACUUCGAUGGGUCACUUUCCUCCUUAAAAUCUACAGAGCUGAGGAUAUCCCUCAAAUGGAUGAUGCUUUUGCACAGACUGUCAAGGAAAUAUUUGGAGGAGAAGCAGACAAGAAAAACCUGGUGGAUCCAUUUGUGGAAGUUUCUUUUGCUGGGAAAAAGGUUUGCACAAAUAUAAUUGAGAAAAAUGCUAAUCCAGAGUGGAAUCAAAUUAUUUGUCUUCAAAUCAAGUUUCCCUCGAUGUGUGAGAAAAUAAAGAUAGCAGUUGUUGAUUGGGAUCGUCUUACAAAAAAUGAUGUAGUAGGAACAACAUAUUUAAGUCUCUCUAGAAUUGCUUCUUCUGGAGGAGAAGUUGAAGAAUUUUCAUCUUCGGGAACUGGGGCUUCAUCAUAUGAAGCAAGCACAGGGGACACAGAAGUAGGCUUUUUACCAACAUUUGGACCGUGUUACCUAAACUUUUAUGGAAGUCCAAGAGAAUACACUGGAUUCCCAGAUCCGUAUGAUGAAUUAAACUUCGGAAAGGGAGAAGGAGUUGCAUAUAGAGGGAGAAUUCUGGUUGAACUCUCUACAGUACUUGACAGCAAGCCUGCUAAUAAGAAGUUAGAGAUGAUUCCUAGUGAUGACGUGCUAGUUGUAGAGAAAUACCAGCGCAGGCGCAAGUUCAGCCUGGCCGCGGUGUUUCACUCCGCUACCAUGUUGCAAGACACAGGGGAGCCCAUCCAGUUUGAAGUGAGCAUCGGUAACUAUGGCAACAAGUUCGACACCACCUGCAAGCCCUUGGCAUCAACCACCCAGUACAGUCGUGCGGUGUUUGACGGUAACUGUUAUUACUACUUGCCAUGGGCGAACACAAAACCAGUUGUAACACUGACUUCCUUUUGGGAGGACAUAAGCCAUAGACUAGACCCUGUGAACAUCAUCUUGAACAUGGCUGAGAGACUGCAAUACAACAUAGCCACCUUAAAAUCAGGAAUGCAGGCCAAACUUUCUGAAAACCGAUUAGCUGAGAUGUGGUUGAAGCUGAUUGAUGAACUUACAGAAGACAUAAGGAAACCAUUUCCCCUCAUAGAAGGCAAAUCUAAUAUUACAGUCCUUGACACUCAGAUAGAAAAACUGCGUCUCAAGUCUCUCAAGCAGAUUGGCGAAGCAGCAACAAAGAUGAGAAAUGAAGCUACUGACGUGAAAGCCACUCUGACAGACAUUGAGGACUGGUUGGAUAAACUACUGCAACUGAGUGAAGAGCCACAAAACAGCAUGCCUGAUGUGAUCAUAUGGAUGAUCCGCGGGGAGAAGAGACUGGCUUAUGCUCGUGUUCCUGCACACCAAGUGCUCUACUCCACCACAAGCCCCGAAUCUUCUGGUAAAUACUGUGGAAAAACCCAAACAAUCUUCUUAAAGUACCCCCAGGACAAGACAAAAGACAGCAAAAUACCUGUGGAGCUGCGAAUUAACAUUUGGCUUGGGCUGAGUGCAGUUGAAAAGAAGUUCAAUAGCUUUGCAGAGGGAACGUUCAGCGUUUUUGCAGAAAUGUAUGAAAAUCAGGCUCUUCUUUUUGGGAAGUGGGGCACCUCAGGGCUUGUUGGCCGCCACAAGUUUUCUGAUGUCACAGGAAAAAUCAAACUGAAAAGAGAAUAUUUCCUGCCCCCAAAGGGCUGGGAGUGGGAAGGAGAAUGGAUGGUUGAUCCUGAAAGAAGUUUGUUGACUGAGGCUGAUGCUGGUCACACCGAGUUCACGGAUGAAGUGUACGAAAAUGAGAGCCGCUAUCCUGGAGGGGAAUGGAAAGCAGCUGAAGAGAGUUACACAGAUGUGAAUGGAGAAAAAGCUCCACCUCCACGUGAGUUUACGUGUCCUCUUGGAUGGAUGUGGGAAGAUGAUGCUUGGAAAUCUGAUUUAAAUAGAGCAGUGGAUGAGCAUGGAUGGGAAUAUGGAAUCACCAUUCCUCCAGACACUAAACCAAAGUCUUGGGUAGCUGCAGAGAAAAUGUAUCAUACGCAUCGACGCCGGAGACUGGUGCGAAAGCGCAGGAGGGAUCCCACUCAAACCGUAACAGCAGGAAGGGGAAUGCUGUCGUAUGACGACCAAGAAGGCUGGGAAUAUGCUUCUUUGAUUGGCUGGAAAUUCCACUGGAAACAGCGCAGUUCUGAUACGUUCCGUCGAAGGCGGUGGAGACGGAAAAUGGCUCCCUCGGAGACACAUGGUGCUGCAGCUAUCUUUAAACUUGAGGGUGCUUUGGGAGCAGACAUCAGUACGGACGAUGGAGAAGGGAAGAGUACAGACAAAACGAAGGAGUCUGCCACAAAGGUGUUUGGUGCCAAUACACCCCUUGUUUCCUGCUACUUCGAUAGAGUAUAUAGUUACCACCUUCGCUGUUACGUCUACCAGGCAAGAAAUCUGAUGGCUUUAGACAAGGACAGUUUUUCAGAUCCGUAUGCUCAUGUUUCUUUCCUCCAUCAAAGCAAAACAACUGAGAUCAUUCACUCAACUCUAAAUCCUACAUGGGACCAAACUCUUAUAUUUAAUGAAAUUGAUAUUUAUGGAGACCCACAGACAGUAGCCCAAAACCCACCUAAUGUUGUUAUUGAACUUUUUGACAGUGACCAAGUGGGUAAAGAUGAAUUUCUUGGAAGAAGUGUUUGCUCCCCCAUGGUCAAGUUAAAUCCCGAAGAUGACAUCACACCAAAGCUGCUCUGGUAUCCUGUAAUAAAUAAUGGCAAAGCUAGUGGUGACAUUCUUUUUGCUGCAGAACUUAUUUUGAGGGACAAGGGCGGUUCAAACCUUCCAAUUCUUCCAUCACAAAGAGCACCAAAACUUUACAUGGUACCUCAAGGAAUCAGGCCAAUAGUUCAACUCACUGCUGUUGAGAUUCUGGCUUGGGGAUUGCGGAACAUGAAAAACUACCAGCUGGCACCUGUUAUGUCUCCAAGUCUGAUUGUGGAAUGUGGAGGUGAAAUGGUGGAAUCUGUGGUGAUCAAAAACCUCAAAAAAACACCAAAUUUCCCAUCUUCUGUUCUCUUCAUGAAAGUGCUUCUCCCAAAAGAAGAGUUAUACAGUCCAUCACUUGUUAUUAAAGUGAUAGACCACAGACCGUUUGGGCGGAAGCCCAUCGUGGGACAGUGCACCAUAGACUUGCUAGAGAGCUUUCGCUGUGACCCCUACACUGCUAAAGAAGACAUCACACCGCAGCUGAAAGUUAGUCUUCUGUCCGCUGCACCUCCCCGAGAUACUGUGAUUGAAAUGGAAGACACACAGCCCUUGCUAGCAACUCAGCUUACAGAAAAGGAAGAAGAAAUUGUUGAUUGGUGGAGCAAAUUUUAUGCUUCAGUGGGAGAACCUGAAAAAUGUGGACAGUAUAUUAAAAAGGGAUAUGAUACUUUAAAGGUGUAUGACUGUGAAUUGGAAAAGGUCCCUGAAUUUAAUGGCUUAACAGACUUCUGCGAGACCUUUAAACUGUACAGAGGCAAAUCUGAAGACAGUGAUGAUCCAUCGGUGGUAGGGGAGUUUAAGGGAUCCUUUAAAAUCUAUGCAUUACCCGACGAUCCUACUGUUCCGGCUCCUCCUCGCCAGUUCCGCGAGCUCCCGGACAGCGGGCCGCAGGAGUGCAUCGUGCGCAUUUACAUCGUGCGGGCUCUGCAGCUGCAGCCACAGGAUAGCAACGGGCUGUGUGAUCCUUAUAUAAAAAUAACACUAAAUAAAAAAGUGAUCGAAGACAGAGAUAAUUACAUACCCAAUACUCUCAACCCCAUUUUUGGCAGAAUGUAUGAACUCAGUUGCUUCUUACCUCAAGAAAAGGAUCUGAAAAUUUCAGUCUAUGACUAUGACACGCUGACUCGUGAUGAAAAAGUAGGCGAAACCAUCAUUGAUCUUGAAAACAGAUUCCUGUCUCGCUACGGAUCGCACUGUGGCAUCCCACAGCAGUACUGUGUCUCUGGUGUGAAUACCUGGCGUGAUCAACUAAAACCAACCCAGUUAUUGCAAAACGUAGCCAGGUUUAAAGGCCAUGCUCCUCCAGUCCUCUCUGAAAAUGGCAGAAGAAUUAAUUACGGAGGACGAGACUAUAGUUUGGAGGAAAUUGAAGCUAACAAAAUACUGCAUCAGCAUCUGGGUUCAAGUGAAGAGCGGCUGGCCCUUCAUAUCCUCAGAACCCAGGGCUUGGUCCCUGAACAUGUGGAGACAAGAACCUUGUAUAGCACCUUCCAGCCCAACAUCCCACAGGGAAAGCUGCAGAUGUGGGUUGAUGUUUUCCCCAAAAGCUUAGGACCUCCAGGCCCUCCCUUCAACAUCACACCCCGAAAAGCCAAGAAGUAUAUCUUGCGGGUAAUUGUCUGGAACACCAAAGAUGUCCUGUUGGAUGAAAAGAGUAUCACCGGAGAAGAAAUGAGUGAUAUCUAUGUGAAGGGAUGGAUGCCCGGUAAUGAAGAAAAUAAGCAGAAAACAGAUGUUCACUACCGAUCACUGGAUGGCGAAGGGAACUUCAACUGGAGAUUUGUUUUUCCUUUUGACUAUCUUCCAGCAGAACAACUCUGUACAGUUUCUAAAAAGGAACAUUUUUGGAGUCUUGACAAGACAGAAUUCAGAAUCCCACCCAAACUGAUCAUUCAGAUAUGGGAUAAUGACAAGUUCUCCUUGGAUGACUAUCUAGGUUUUGUUGAGCUUGAUUUACACAAAGCAGUCAUUCCCGCCAAGGUUCCAGAAAAGUGCAAUAUUGAUAUGAUUCCAGACUACAAAACGGAUAAUCCUCAGAAGGGUUACAAGACUGCUUCCCUCUUCGAGCAGAAAUCCAUGAAGGGCUGGUGGCCGUGCUACGUAGAAAAGGAUGGCUCCCGUAUUUUAGCGGGCAAAGUUGAAAUGACCUUGGAAGUUGUCAAUGAAAAAGAAGCUGAGGAAAGACCAGCUGGUAAAGGAAGAGAUGAACCCAACAUGAACCCUAAAUUAGAUCUACCAAACCGGCCAGAUACUUCCUUCCUGUGGUUUACAAAUCCAUGCAAGACAAUGAAAUUUAUUGUGUGGCGCAGAUUUAAGUGGCUCUUUAUAGGCCUUAUCAUCUUGCUAAUUCUAUUCCUGUUUGUUGCUGUACUCCUCUACUCAUUGCCGAACUAUUUAUCAAUGAAGAUUGUGAAGCCAAUUUAAAGAAGAGCUUUUCAUCUUUUGUUUUAAAUAGCAGUGAGGUUUUGCCUCAGGUUGUGGACCAAAUUCAGCAUGGCUCUCUUCAUUUUUUUUUUAUUUGCUAGUAUUUUAAACUGGAAAAUAGAUAAGAAGUAAGAAUUUAACCAAGGUUAGCCAAGGUUCAGGGGGUCAUGACUGGUGUAAAAGAAGGGUCAUGUUCCAUUUAUAUGUUCUGAUUUUCAUGGUAUCUACACAUGGUUCUGCCUUCCUGGCUUUUAGACUACAUUCUUUAUAAAAAUCACUCGACUGUUCUUGUGGGUUUUUUGUUUU